AUGUCUUUCGUGUUGCUUGACGAGCUCGUCGCUGCUGCAUCCAAAAAGCUUGAAUCUAGCGGUGUUGCUAGUGUAGGCGAAAGUCCCGAUACUGUUCCCGACGAUAUCGACGUAUUAAAGCCUUCGGUCACUAGUGAGCCUGGCCUAGACGAUGAGGUUGUAGACGAGUAG